GUCAAGACCAACAAGAAGAGUUGUUCCUUGCUGGAGUACUCCAUUCCUUCACCUCACCACCACCACCGCCGCCGACGACCACCCACGCGGCGCGCAAGGCGAAGAGGAGAGAGAGAGAGAGGAGAACCACGCGAAAGCCGGCCGAGAUGGGUUCCUUCCUGUCGACGAUGUUCACGCCGCCGCCGGCCGGCGACGAGGGCGACUCGCGCGUGGUGGCCGUCCACUCCAUGGCCACCUGGGACGAGCACUGGGGUGCCCACAAGAGCAACCCCAACAAGCUGAUCGUGAUCGACUUCUCGGCGUCGUGGUGCGGCCCCUGCCGCUUCAUCGAGCCGGCCUUCAAGGACAUGGCCAACCGCCUCACCGGCGCCGUCUUCUUGAAGAUCGAUGUUGACGAGCUCCAGGAAGUGGCAAGGCAAUGGAAAGUAGAGGCCAUGCCGACCUUUGUAUUAAUCAAGGGCGGGAAGGAGGUGAGCCGCGUGGUUGGUGCCAAGAAGGAUGAGCUGGAGAGGAAAAUCAACAUGUUCAUCUCAUCCUCAUCCUAGAUCACCAACCCUAUACCUGCAUUCCCAUUCAGUACCAGGCAGUGGUUUCUCCCUGUGCUAGGGACCCGUGUGUAAUUUGUUCUCUUAAACGUGCCACAAAAUUCGAUGUGAAGUGAAGAUAAUAAAACUUGUGAUACUUGGGAAUGGAAA